AUGGAAGACAACAUUCCGAAGGAAUUCUUUGAAGGCUUGCUCCCCAGUGCCAGAGCCCAAAGUGAAAGGGAAAGGGCACGAUAUCGUGUACGUUACUUUAGUCACCAACCAAACCUACAAUCCAGAGGGAGUCAGCACAUUCUUGAGCGACUUUUCCAAAACAGAGAUCUGAACUGUACCAACACGGACGGCUAUAUCACCUGGACUUUCAAACUUACUGAUGCUAAUUGCUCUAUUGUACUCAUUGCGACUUGUGAAUGCUUGGGUAAAGCAAAUCGUGGCGAGCUCGUCGUUCUACAAAGCUGGAUAUAUUCAUGCGGAAGGGAAACAUUCACAGCGUACGUUACACUAGUCUGCUACACACCCUGGGAUCCAGCUACAAAGAGCAUAGAUUUGAGCCUCUUCAACGUAACCAAUGCUCAACCAUAUUCUGCGUCACUUGGAAACUUUACAGAUCUACACGUUAUCAAUGUGAACGGCUCUUUCGCCUAUGCUUUCACAUUUACGAAUGCUAAUUGCUCAAAUGUGGAGCACUGGGUUGGACUGACCGUAGCUGGUACUUCUGAAUUUAACUACUUCACAAAUGGUACUGUCACAUGCGUCCCUGCAGAGACACCAACAUCGGGGAACGAGAACUUGAUUGAAAUAACAACAACACCACCACCAACAACGACAACACCAACACCAUUAGUGAUAGUUCCAGGUGGUGCUCUUCCAGCCGCACCAGUGGUCAUACCAUAUCAGGCGGAUUAUGAAGAAACAGCAGAGCAUGUAGAAGAGUCUGUGUCUUCAUUCGAGAGCAUGUCCAUCACGAGCCUUUGA